AGAACAUUAAACUGCAACCAUCCGAAUUACCAUUGUUUUGCGGGAAUUUGUUCGAACCUAAAUAAAGCAAAGCACACUGCCCCCAUAGAUAUUAAUUUUGCACUUGCUUUAAAAAAUUCUAAAAUAUUUAUAAUUCUAUUGAAUUUACAAAAUGAGUUCAGAAUUACCUUUUGUUGCUGAGUAUGCAAAGAGUGGGAGAGCUUCUUGCAAAGCAUGUAAAGGAAAUAUUGGUAAAGAAAGCCUACGCAUAGGCAUAAUGGUGCAGUCUCCUCACUUUGAUGGUAAAGUGCCUCAUUGGCAUCAUUUUGCAUGCUUCUUCAAGAAGAAAACUGCAUUGAAAAGUACUAGUGAUGUGGCUAAUUUUGAUAACCUCAGAUGGGAAGACCAAGAAAAGUUUAAGAAGCUGAUGCAAAGCACAGAAACGAAAGUAGCAAAUGGAGAUCUUAGUGAUUUUUCAGUAGAAUAUGCAAAAUCAAAUCGUGCCACUUGUAGAGGAUGUGAAGAAAAAAUUAGCAAGGGUAUUAUACGUAUAUCUAAAAUUGAUAGAGACCGUGCGGAAGCUCAAAGAUUUGGACCUGCGCCAGCCUGGCGUCAUGUUGAUUGCUUUGUCAAAGAUCGACAAUUGUUGGAAUUUACAGAUUCUGCUGAAAAAUUACCUGGUUUCAAGAAUUUGUCUGAAGAAGAUCAAGCUAUGUUAAAAGAAAAACUACCUUCCUCUGGAGUAAAGAGAAAAAAUGACGAUUCAGAAGCAACUUCUUCUAAAGCAAAUAAAUCUGUUAGAAAAGAAGAUAAAAUUUUAAAGCUACAAAACCAACUACUUUUUGAAAUGAGAGACAACUUGAAGAAUUUUAAAAAGAAAGAGAUGGUGGAUUUGCUUGAAUAUAAUGACCAGUAUAUUUGUAAAGGAGAGAGCAGGAUUUUAGAUCAUUUGUCCGAUUGCUUAGUUUUUGGAGCAUUAAAAACUUGUCCAGCUUGUAAAAACGCCAAAUUACGUUUUAAAUGUGAUUCCUAUUAUUGUCCUGGUAAUUUAACAGAGUGGACAAAGUGCCAGUAUGAAACUAAAUACCCAGAAAGAGAAGCGUUUCAUAUACCGGAUGAUUUUAAAGAAACUUAUGACUUUUUAAAGACAUACAAAUAUAUCAAGCGUGAAAGACAAUUUCCUGAGGCUUCAAAGACAAACUCAAGUCAAAAGUCAUUGCCCUUGGAUGGCCUUAAAAUAUUUCUCAUCGGGAAAUUGAAACUUCCUAAAGAUAUGGUCACUAAAAAAAUAGAGGAGUUAGGUGCAGCAGUAGCUACAAAACUUGAUAAAACGGUUCAACUAUGCAUUACAACCAAAGGGGAAGUAGAUAAAGAUGCAAAACAAGUGAUUAAAGCAAGUUGUGAAGACAUUCAUGUGGUAUCUCUUGACUUCUUGGAAGCAAUAAAGAAAGGUUCCUCUAUUCCUCAUGCAAUUGAAGAAAAUAAGUUGUGCACUUGGGGUGGAGAUCCAAUUCUGAAGUUUGGAAUUAAAAAAGAGAAAAAAGAAACUAAUUCAAAAGUUACUGAAGAAUUAGAAAAAGUUUAUAAAAGUGCACCCCAGAAAAUGAAAGUUACUGUCAAAGGUGCAGCUGCAGUUGACCCUGAUAGUGGUCUGGAAAAUAAAGCCCAUGUUUAUCAGAAAAAAGAUAGUAUCUAUAAUGCUGUUCUUGGAGCAGUUGAUGUUCUCAAAGGUUCUAAUUCCUAUUACAAACUACAAAUAUUAGAAUCCAACUCAAAAUCAAAGUAUUGGUUAUUUAGGUCUUGGGGACGAGUAGGAACAACUAUCGGUGGUAAUAAACUUGAUGCUCAGCCUACUGCCAGUGAUGCCAUUUCUGAAUUUGAAAGAAUUUAUUUAGAAAAAAGUGGUAAUCAUUGGUGGAACAGAAAAAAUUUUGAGAAAAAACCUGGAUGCAUGUAUCCAUUGGAAAUUGAUUAUGGUCAGGAUAGUGAACACUUAAAAGAACUUAAACCUGGUGAUAAUUCCAAACUACCUAAACCUGUUCAGGAAUUAAUAUGUUUACUAUUUGAUAUUGAAGCAAUGAAGAAAGCUAUGGUAGAAUUUGAGAUUGAUUUAAAGAAAAUGCCACUUGGAAAGCUCUCUAAAAAUCAAAUAAAAAAUGCUUACAAAGUCCUAGGAGAAGCACAAGAGAUUAUGCUUACUGGUGCUAAUACAGCUAAAAUAAUAGAUGUAUCAAACAGAUUUUAUACACUUAUACCUCAUGAUUUUGGAAUGAAAAAACCAACACUAUUAGAUGAUGAAGACUACAUAAAGUCAAAAAUUGAAAUGUUAGAUUCCUUGUUAGAAAUUGAAUUCGCAUACAGCUUGCUUAACGAUGACGGCACCACAUCAACAGCCAAUAAAGAUCCCGUGGAUGAACAUUAUGAGAAACUCAAAACUGACAUUGAAGUCCUUGACCCGAAAAGUGAAGAAUUUCAAACUGUUCAAACAUAUCUUAAGAAUACUCAUGCAAGUACCCAUAAUCAUUAUGGAUUGAAACUUAAAGAUGUUUUCAAAAUAAAUCGCCAUGGUGAAGAAGAAAGAUAUAAAGAAUUUAAAAAUCUACAUAAUAAGAAGUUGCUAUGGCACGGUUCCAGACUUACAAAUUUUGUUGGUAUUUUGUCCCAAGGGUUAAGAAUUGCACCUCCUGAAGCACCAGCAACUGGUUAUAUGUUUGGAAAAGGAGUUUACUUUGCUGAUAUGGUUUCCAAAAGUGCUAACUACUGUUAUACAAGUCAACAAAGUUCUACUGGUCUUUUACUCCUAUGUGAAGUUGCCCUAGGGAAUAUGUAUGAGAAAUUGAAUUCUGAAUAUGUGACGAAGUUGCCAAAAGACAAGCAUAGUACCAAAGGUUUAGGACAAACUGUGCCAGAUCCAAGUGAUAAAACCAUGAUAGGUGAUGUAGAAGUUCCUUAUGGUAAACCUGCUCCAAGUGGCAUUCAAAGAAGUGCACUUUUGUACAAUGAAUAUAUUGUGUAUAACGUCAACCAAGUAAACAUCAAGUAUUUGUUGAAUGUUGAUUUCAAAUGGAAGUAUUGAGCUUGCUAAAGAAAAAUUUUAUGAGUACCUGAGAAAAGACUGUUAAUUUGUUGCAGCUGUGUUUUAUUUGUGAUAUUGAAAAUAUUAUCGGGAAUAAAUGUUUUUUUUUU